GGCACUCCACAGACGAGGGCAGAACUGUGUUGGAAGGAAGCUCGGGGGGCCUCCGCCGAGCGCCGGGGUGGCUGGCAGUGCCCGCACGUGAGCGUCGCUCGGAGUCCGCCCGAAGUCCUAUCCUGAAAAGUCCAUUGCGUACCUUGUCACCAGCUCGUCUGAUCCUUCUCUGAACCCUCCUGAGCUGGAAGAUUUCAUCCUGAUGGCUGACUCAAAACCACUCAGGACCCUGGAUGGGGACCCCAUGGCUGUGGAGGCCUUGCUCCGGGACGUGUUUGGGAUUGUUGUAGAUGAGGCCAUUCUGAAGGGGACCAGUGCCUCUGAGAAGGUCUGCGAAUGGAAGGAGCCUGAAGAACUUAAGCAGCUGCUGGACUUGGAGCUGCAGAGCCAGGGCGAGUCCCGGGAGCAGAUCCUGGCACGCUGCCGGGCUGUGAUUCACUACAGUGUCAAGACUGGUCAUCCCCGGUUCUUCAACCAGCUCUUCUCAGGGUUAGAUCCCCAUGCUCUGGCUGGACGCAUCAUCACGGAGAGCCUCAACACUAGCCAGUACACAUAUGAGAUUGCCCCCGUGUUUGUGCUCAUGGAAGAGGAGGUGCUGAAGAAACUCCGUGCCCUGGUGGGCUGGAACUCUGGGGAUGGGGUCUUCUGUCCUGGUGGCUCCAUUUCCAACAUGUACGCCAUGAACCUGGCCCGCUUUCAGCGCUACCCAGACUGCAAGCAGAGGGGCCUCCGGGCCCUGCCACCCUUGGCUCUCUUCACUUCAAAGGAGUGUCACUACUCCAUCACCAAGGGAGCUGCUUUUCUGGGACUUGGCACCGACAGUGUCCGAGUGGUCAAGGCUGAUGAGAGAGGGAGGAUGAUCCCUGAGGACCUGGAGAGGCAGAUCAAUCUGGCAGAGGCUGAGGGCUCUGUGCCAUUUCUGGUCAGUGCCACCUCUGGUACUACCGUGCUAGGGGCCUUUGACCCCCUGGAUGCAAUUGCCGAUGUUUGCCAGCGACACGGACUGUGGUUCCAUGUGGAUGCCGCCUGGGGUGGGAGCGUCCUGCUGUCUCGGACACACAGGCAUCUCCUGGAUGGGAUCCAGAGGGCUGACUCUGUGGCCUGGAACCCUCACAAGCUUCUCGCCGCAGGGCUGCAGUGCUCCGCUCUUCUUCUCCGGGACACCUCGAACCUGCUCAAGCGCUGCCAUGGAUCCCAGGCCAGCUACCUCUUCCAGCAAGACAAGUUCUACGAUGUGGCUCUGGACACCGGAGACAAGGUGGUGCAGUGUGGCCGCCGCGUGGACUGUCUGAAGCUAUGGCUCAUGUGGAAGGCACAGGGUGGGCAGGGGUUGGAGCGGCGCAUCGACCAGGCCUUUGCUCUCACCCGGUACUUGGUGGAGGAGAUUAAAAAGCGGGAAGGAUUUGAGUUGGUCAUGGAGCCCGAGUUCGUCAACGUGUGCUUCUGGUUUGUGCCUCCCAGCCUGCGGGGGAAGAAGGAGAGUCCAGAUUACAGCCAAAGGCUGUCUCAGGUGGCCCCUGUGCUCAAGGAACGCAUGGUGAAGAAGGGGACCAUGAUGAUUGGCUACCAGCCCCAUGGGACCCGGGCCAACUUCUUCCGAAUGGUGGUGGCCAACCCCAUACUGGCCCAGGCCGAUAUAGAUUUCCUUCUGGGCGAGCUGGAGCUCCUGGGCCAGGACCUGUGAGCUGCUGCUGCUGCUGCUCUCUGCCCCACCCAAGCUCUGCGUAGUCUCCUGGGUUCUCAAAAUCGACCUUUCUAGGAAACAGUGGCCUUGACUGUGUGUGCUCCCACACACUCACUCUCCCAGCUAAGUAUUGGCUGUCAGGAAGGUGUCUAAACACACUACAGUAUGUUCUUACGAAAUAUGCUUUUAUAAAGUUGGGCACAGGGGCACACACCUUUAAUACCAGCAUUGGGGGGACAGAAGCAGGCAGUUUGAGGCCAGCCUGGACUUCAGAGCUGGGCUACACAGAGAAACUCUGUCUCAAAA